UGAUAAGAUGCCAAAUCUGAAUAUAACUCGUGCUAACUAGUCGUCGCGCAGUCUAUAAUAUUAUAUUAUUCCAGUGAGAAUAUUAAAUUAAUAAAUAAGUCCAUUCUUCCAAAUUCAAACUUAAUAUUUAUAUUAGUUCCUACAACACUAGAACUAGCUUUGAUAUAUUUUUUAAAGCUGUCAAAUCUAAAUUUUAUUAUUUUUAAAUAUUAGUUUGUUUUUAAUUUCUUGUUUUGUCUUGCCUAUAUUGUAAAUAGAACUGUGUGUAAUGGAAAUAGAACAGUUUCUCGGGAAACGUUACGUUUUGGUUAGUCACGAGAACUUUGAAGACUAUUUAUUGUUUUUAGGUAAAGGCUACCUAGCGCGUAAAGCCGCUCUGGCUAUGCGUCCGGAGCAGGCCCUGGUUGCGAACGAUUGUGGGUCGUACACCUUCAGCUUAAGGUCCACAUUGGUCAACAGUGCCAUCACGUUCACACCUGGAGAGGAGUUUGUUGAGGAGAAACCUGAUGGCACCAAGGCUAAAGCAGUAAUCACAAUAGAGGGGAACAAGAUGACACACAUACAGACAGAACAAGACGGGAAGGUAUCCACGCAUGUACGAGAAUUCUUCCCGGAUCAAAUGAUAGUUACUGGCCCGAAGGCAUUGACGAGGCCUAAGAUGGAGCUCGCUCGCCCAGAAGGUGCCUGUUCACUCUGGCCUUGAAAGCACCCAGAUAACGACAGCGGAUGGUUUAAAUAAAAUAGUGAAGAGACAAUAUACUUUACUCGAAUGAAGACUUAAAAUGUGCAAAGAUACAUCUUGGAAAAUAUCGAAUAUAAUACAGGGUAUCGCUAGUUUAGGUUCCAAUAUACCUCUGUUCAAAUUUUUAAUGCUCCACUGUGAAAUUGUUAUAAUAGAUCUUUACCUAAGGAAUUUACUGGUUUGUUUAAAGUUUGAUAUCUUGAGUUCCGCUAGAAUUCCAAAUUCAAAUAAAGUUUAAAUUGAAGCCCAACUGAAAUUAGUUAUUCAUUUAUUUAUUUUUUAAGUUUCGACUAAUAUUUGUGUGAUGUAUUUGUGUUGUUGUAAUAAUAUAAUUAUAUUUAUGUUUUUU